UAGAUUUCUAUCUAUCUAUCUAUCUAUAUAUCUCUUCACAUUUUAGUUGAAGAUCCCUGCUCUAAAGCAAUUACAGAGCUCCACAUCACCUGACCGCCACUGCUUGUCUUCCCCACUUGAAGUUUGGAGUCAAACUGCUCUUGUGAACUUGGAGUCGCUUUUGUCUGACAGUCGGUUUCUCUGAGGUUGUGGCCCUUUAAGUGACACGGGCAGGCUAACAUGUUACCUUUGUUAGCUCUGAAACGCUCAGACGUUGUAUUUACAGUGCCGCAUCGGGAGAUUUAGAUUAAAACUGAAUCUCUUUGUCAUUCUCCCUGGGAGUCCAUGCUGUUACCAUGGUGACAAGAAGCUGCCCUGUAACUGUGACUCUCCCGAUACCCUUGUAGCUUGAACCCCCCACUCCUUCUAUCGAAGCGUAAACCCCUCCCCACCCUCUCUCUUACACUAGAUCUUAGUUCUUUUUUUCUGUCUCAUCAGAGGAGGACAGACGAGAGGCAUCAGAAGUAUUUGUUUCUCCUCAUUUACAGUGUGAAUCAUAGUGAUUCAAAUUUAAUAAUUUCAGGAAACAGUUUGGAUGAAACUAAAGAUUUAGCUCAGAUGUAUUUAAGACUGUAGCCAUACGCUUCAGGUUGAGUUGUAGCACAAGACCACCUGGGUCUCUCCUGGUCUGGUCUGAGAGCUAGCAGGAUGUUCUGGAAGAACACUGCAUGGUCUUGGGACAAUGCAGCAGAUAAUGAUGACGCUGGUUAUUUGCUCCCAACAGAGGAGCCCAGGAGGACUCCGGACUCCACUUCUGAUGUGGACCUAAACCGCAUCACCACCACCACUGGACUAAAGUCAUCAACAAACCACAAGGCAUGGACCAACCAUAACCCCACCAACCUUAGCUACACCAGAGAGAGCAACAGCACCCAGCAGCUAAUGAAAGGAUCUGAAGAUGGACGGGCAGACCUGCAGGAUCUGAACCAUCAACCUGCCGUUAUGCACACUAUCCACCGGCUGUGUCGAAUCUGCAUCGGACAGAACCUGCCACAGGUGAACGUUGUUCGAGGACAAGACGGAUUUGGAUUCACGAUCUUCUCCGACAGUCCAGUAAGAGUUCAGGGGGUCGAAUUAGGAGGUCCGGCUCAUCGCUCCGGCCUCCGUCAGGGAGACUCUGUCCUGCAGCUCAACGGUCUUCCUGUCGAAAACUGGAAGUGUGUCGACCUCGCCAAUACCAUCAGGAGCUGUUCGUCUCAGAUUGUGUUGGUAGUGUGGCGAAGUCUACCUGAGCUCAGGUCAGGAUGUGAUGAGUUGCUCCACCCACCAACAAACAACCAGACAACAGGCAGAAAGCUGUUACCUAACCCCACACACAGUAAACAUGGCGGCAGACUGGGUCAAGGGUCUGUGGUCCGGUCUAGUUUGGGGGUUCUGGAUUCUGUGUGGAAGGACAGGACGGAGGACCACGAGGAGGUGGAGAAAGGGGAGCAGGAGAAAGAUCAGGAGGCGACUCAGUACUUCUCUCGCACCACCACACUAAAGGGCACCCGUGUGACAUCAUCAGAUGGAGACAACUACAUCUUCCUUUCCCCUGUGAUCCCAGGAGGACAGCUGCUGCAGCCGGUUUACCAUGACAGUAAUGGAACCAUCGGCCGUCUGUACCAGACUCAUCCCAAAAGAGGUCAGAACCUCGUCCACGACCCUAGACCUGGGUUGUCAGGGCGACUUCUCCGUAGUUACACCUCCACCUUGCCCCCCUCUCUAUGCACCUCCUCUUCAUCAGCCCCACCCAGUAACUACAACGACUACCAAAACUGCAACAUCAUCCAAUCACAUCUCCCCUGCUCUGGCUAUGGAACCUACGUCACCCCGGAGUCCAAAACCCUCAUUUUCCCCGUCUUUGUCCAGCCUCUGAACCUCUGCAGUCCCGACAGGACCCUGCUGAUGUCAGAGGAAAUGGUUCUCCACCAGGCCCAUAUCCUGCCUGCAAAGGUGACGGUGUUGAUCUAUAGUGACCUCCUGCUGUUCACCAGAGAGGACAAAGCUGGACGUGGCAACGUCCUACAGAGUCCUUUGUACCUGAACACCCUGCAGCUCAGAGAGGUGCCCUUUGAGCCGCUGCACAUCUACUUCCUGCAGAGCUCCCAGGCUCGGUGGCAUCGUCUCUUCAUUCUUGAGACGUUCAGUGUUGAGCAGAGACUUAGAGUCAGUCUCUGUCUCCAUGACAACGUCCAGUCGGUAGCUCAAAACCACCAGCUCUCAGACCUCCCCUCAAAUUUUGGCCUCCUCUCCCUGGGUCAGUCUGACCUUCUCACUCGGGCUUCCUUCUCUUCCUCUUCAUCUGAUCCUCCCCUCCCCCACCCAACCUCCUCCCUCUGUGACCUCCUCACACCACCCUGCCCAUCUCAUUACAGCUCCACCACUACCUUCUCCUCCUCCAUUCCUCUGUCGCCCUUCUCAACUCUCACCCCAUAUGCUUCCGCCUCCUCACCUCCUUCUAGAUCUCGUCAGCUCCUUCUCCAGCCCUCUCUCUCUCCUGUGGGAAAGGAGAGAAGAGGGACAGAGGAGGAGAGGUGGAAGAGGAGGCCUGAGGAAAUGGAGGAGCAGCAGCAGGUGGAGGGCACCUCAGAAACAUUAGAGAAUGUGGAAAGAGUCGGGGAGCGGGGCUUCCUGCUCAGCUCUCAUCAUCUCCACAUGAUGGAAGAAGAAGAGGAGAUUAGUGAUGAAGAGGAGGAGUUGUUCACCUUCACCCCGAGACCUGCAGAUCUGCGACGCUCUCUCUCCGAGGGUUCUUUACUGCAGGAACCUCGGACGUCCCGCUCCAUGUCCGACAGCAUCACCCAUCAUCUCACCAGCCCCUUGAACUUUGACGCUGAACCCGGGACAGGGUCCUUCCCCCGCCACCCUUCCAUCCACGCCCUGAAGAAACAGCUCACCAAAGAAGGGGGGUCACUGCACCACAUGCUGCUGCUGCUCAAUGGCGACAAGGAUAAAGAUGUGAGAAGCUUUCAACCGAGGAAGAAUACCAGGAAUCUGGCUGCUGGAGUUCGUAGCUGCCCGCUGUUUCUACGGCAGCAAAAAGACACCACCUUUUCCCAUUGUAACAGUCUGAAGAAAGCUCUGAGAAACAACAGGCCGUCUACAGGAGAGGUGAUCAGGUGGGCGGCGAGUUUGGAAGCUCUCUUGACUAAUAAGUAUGGUCUGGCUGUGUUCCGCUACUUCCUGAAGUUAGAGUUCAGCGAGGAGAACUUGGACUUCUGGUUGGCAGUGGAGAGAUUCAAGAGGACCCGCCCCCUCAGCAAGAUGGUCUCCAGAGCUGCAAACAUCUACGACGAGUUUGUUGCUGUCAACGCAUCGAGACAGGUCAUAGUGGACUCUUCUGUCAGGGAAUCAACCAAUCAGGGCCUGCGUGUCGGUGUUGACCCGAUGUCUUUCCAGCUGGCUCAGGAUCAGAUCUUGAGCCUGAUGGAGAGUGAUAGUUACCCACGAUUCCUCAAGUCCCGCCUUUACACCCAGUUGGCCAAUGGGUCUCUGGGCCUCUACCGGUUGGUCAAUCAUGAGUGAGGAGGAGACAAAAGCACCAUCCGAUUGGGCGUCCGUUCCACUCAUCGGUUCAGCCAAGAGCUCGCCAAUGACAUGAAACUAAGCUGCAUCAUUGGAAAUAUAGGAUCAAGUUUUUCUGGUCUCCUGUUCAGUUUGGUUUCUGUACUACAUAUCUCAAAAGAGACGGGUGGAAAUACUUCAGUUUUGUUAUAAGCCUUAGUUUACAGAAGUUAAACUCUAACAGAUGUUUUCUUCGGUUAUACUCUUUAGUCUCUUUUUGCAAAGCUAAAGAACUAAUGUUGUGAUGUUUAAAUGUCCCCAUUUGUACUUACAGUUUAGUGGCUAGGGUCAGCUAAUGUAACGAUACUGCCACUAUAAACCAACAUGUCAGCUUUGUUUAUUGUUGUAGCAUUUUAACUGUUAGCAUGCUUACACUCUAAACUAUAAUGUUAGCAAUCACAUUUUGAGUAAAAAACAGAAACUUUUAGUUUGUUUUUCUUUUUUAGUUUUUAUAGAAGCUCGUAAAAGAAGUUGUGUGAGUUUGUGUUUUUUAGACAUAAAGAGAUAGGUUAAAGUACUGGAAGACAAUUAGAAGACUUGUGUUCUCACCUGUUGGAUGAAGAGACGACGUGAUGAAAAAUAAAUGAUAACGUCGGACUUUC